AUGGUUCUAAUCUACGUUAAAUCUGGUGUAUGGAUGUCAAGUUUCAGUGACGAGUGGAGUUUCUUGGCAGACAAACAAAGGCGUGGUCGAAUGGUGACAUUAGAAACUACUACUUUACUGGAGGAACUCAAGAUCAUGGUGUGUGAAGAUUAUGGGGUCGACCCUAAUUUGGUUAAUGUCGAGUUCAGUUAUGAGAUGGUCAAUCAAAGAGGAAAUCCUCCCAUUAGUAUCAGUAAUGAUCGACAAGUGUGUAACUUUGUGGGCUACGCAAAGAAGGGUUCCUCUACAACCUUGUGUGUCACGUUCUCUGGUACUGGUACUGGUGUAAAGGAAAAGGAACGAGUCAAUAUCGAUCUCAAUAAGGAACCGUGUGAUUCAAGUAAUGUUGAGGAAGGUGAAGUUCCUGACAUAAAUCUGGGAGAUUUUGCAGAACCAUCAACAAAGUGUUGUGAUAAAAGGAAGAAUCAUGUCGUUGAGGAUGGUUCCGGUCAUGCUGGUUCAAAGAGUGAAAAGUAUGGCGAUAGUGAAAAGGAAAGCCGAGCUGGGAACACAGAUUUCAUGAAGAAAUAUCAACUUUUCCGAAGUAAACAUGUCCUAAAGGCAACAAUGGAAAUUUGGGCGAUGAAGAAUAAUUACGAUUUCCUUCACGCUUGGGAAGCUCGUGAGUAUGCAAUUGCAGCUGGUAGAGGUAUACCAGACGAAAGUUAUGCAAAGAUACCAAAAUAUUUGCAUAUGAUUGAAGACGCUAAUCCUGGUUCACACACUCACUAUGAAACUAAGAAGGAUGGUAGAUUCAUGUAUCUAUUUAUGCCGUUUGGGCAAUCAGUUAGAGGAUUUCACAGUCAUAUGCGUAGGGUGAUUGUUGUUGAUGGAACUUUUCUGAAAAAUAAAUAUAAAGGAGUUCUACUUGUUGCUACAGCUGUAGAUGGUAACUCCAACUUGUAUCCAAUUGCAUUUGGAGUUGCUGAUUCAGAGAAUGAAGAAUCAUGGGAGUGGUUCUUCAGACAGUUGAGUGUGGUUAUUCCUGAUAGUAAAGACUUAGCUUUUGUGUCAGAUAGACAUGCGUCAAUUUCUAAAGCAAUCAAGGAUGUCUACCCACGAUCAAAGCACGGAAUUUGUAUACACCACUUGCUGACCAAUGUUGUUAAAUUCUUCAGGACAAAGGGGUUCACUGCCUUGGUCGAGAAGGCUUCAAAGGCAUAUAGGUAUGACAUCAGGACCAAUAACCCAGCCGAGUCGAUUAAUUCAGCUCUGAGAUCUCCUAGACAAUUUCCAGUGGAGAAAAAGAUUGAUAGGAGAAUCGUGAAGGCUCGAGGGUUUCAGGUUCAGAAGGUUGACAACUUCAGAUCACUUGUUAAAGGAGACAUAUAUGAUUGUCAUGUUGAUCGGGAAACCAGAACAUGCACAUGUGGGAAAUUUAAUUUAGGAAAAAUUCCAUGCAGGCACGCCAUUCCUGCAAUUUAUUCUCGAGGUAUGGAAGUACACCGAUUUACUGAUGGCGUCUAUAGCACUGCAACGUGGAGAGCUGCCUACGCGGAAUCCAUUAAUCCCAUACCAGUUCCAGAGGCUGAAUGGAAUGUCCCAGAUGAGGUUAAACUUGCGAAGAUCUUACCACCAGAGUCAAGAAAGAGUGCUGGUAGACCAGUAAAGAGAAGGUAUGAAAGAGUAGAAGACAAGAUUAGAUCUUCUCAAGGAUCAACUAAGAAGAAAAAGCACAAGUGCAGCCGGUGUGAUAUGGAGGGACACAAGAGAGGAACAUGUGAUAAACCUAUCUAG